UACAUGCGAUCAUCGAAUCCGAACAUUGUUGUCAUCGUCACCGACGAUCAGGACAUCGAGCUGGGCUCCAUGAACUAUAUGCCCAAGGUUCGCGAGCACAUCGAACGCGAGGGCGCCUUCUUUCCAAAUGCCUACGUCACCACACCCAUGUGCUGCCCCAGCCGGAGCAGUCUCCUGACAGGUGUCUACGUACACAACCACAACGUCUACACGAACAACAAGAAUUGCAGUUCGACCCAAUGGCGACGAACUUUCGAACCGAGGACAUUCGCAAACGCCCUCGCGAACACCGGCUACAACACAGGGUACUUCGGGAAGUACCUGAACGAGUACAACGGUAACCACGUCCCGCUGGGCUGGAAGGAAUGGCUCGGCCUCGUACGAAAUUCGAAAUUCUACAAUUAUACCGUCAGCGUGAACGGGAACAAGGUCAAGCACGGCAACGACUACAGUAAGGACUAUCUGCCCGAUCUCAUCACGAAUCAUUCACUGUCUUUUCUCAGACGAUCGAAGCAGUUCUACCCCGAUAAACCAGUCCUCAUGGUGAUGGCCUAUCCCGGACCGCACGGUCCCGAGGAUUCGGCCCCACAAUACCAAAAUAUGUUCCUGAACGAAACUCAGCAUCGGACACCGUCCUGGAACUACGCUCCCAACUACGACAAGCAGUGGAUUCUGCAACACACAGGAAAAAUGCAGGACAUCCACAUGAAAUUCACGGACAUGCUCAACACGAAACGUCUGCAGACCCUGCAGAGCGUCGACGAUGCUGUCGAUCAGCUGAUCACGGAGCUGAAGCGUCUGGACGAAGUGGAUAACACGUUUAUCUUCUACACAUCCGAUCACGGCUAUCAUUUGGGACAGUUUGGCCUGGUCAAAGGCAAGGCGAUGCCUUUCGAGUUCGACGUGCGGGUACCAUUCUAUGUCAGAGGCCCGAAAAUCUCACGCGGGAUCCAAAUACCGGAAAUCAUCGCGAACAUCGAUAUUGCUCCGACGAUGCUCGAGAUCGCGCGACUUCCUCCCGAUGUAUCGAUGGACGGCAAGUCUAUUCUGCCAUUGCUCAUGCAAAAAAUGGGCCGACGAGUCACGACCUGGCGGGACUCGGUUCUCAUUGAGAAAGGCAAGAUCACUCGCGAGGCUCUGAUCCGGAUGGAAAGCGCUUCGGCGGCCGCGGCGAAAUGCUCCACCGGGAAAUUCCCGUCGCCCUGCAAACCGGGACAGCGUUUCGAGUGCAUUUUCGAGGACCAAUGGAAACUUGUCAGAUGCAACCGACGCUGCCAGUGCAAGAAAAGUCGGAAGUUUGUGAUGGACGACGAUCUGCGGAGGAUUCGGAGCGGACUCCGACGGAGCUCCAAGCCCAGACUCCGACGGAGUGAGUUUUCGCUGCCGCCGCAAUACAUGGCGUUGACCCGUAAUCCCCCGAGUGUGCUGGCCAGCGGUGAAACCUCGGACGCGGAAGACGACUUCGGCUCGGGCCCCGUCAACUCACAGGGCAAAGAGCUGGUGAAUUGCGUUCAGUUCGCCAAGAAUCAGUCGGUCAUCUGUCUCGGUGAGGAGGAGUAUCAAGAUCCGACGCUGUGGAAAAAGAAGAAACAGGAGGUAGAUGGCCUCAUAAAGGGGCUUCGCCAAAAGCUCAACCAACUCAAGGGAUUACAGACGACCUUACGCCAAAACAGACCUUACGGCGCGUCCAAUGGCAGGAGACCUGUCGGCUCCUCGGAACCGGAUGACGAGUGCCAGUGUCGGCACAAAGGUCGCAAAAUGCGCAAGCAGGAAAAGUUCGCUAACACCGAAUGCACCGCCGAUCUCGAUAAGAUGAACUGUUUCACCCACGACAACGAUCACUGGAAAACGCCCCCGCUAUGGACCGAAGGUCCGUUUUGUUUCUGCCAGAACGCCAACAACAACACGUUCUGGUGCGUUCGGACCAUUAACGCCACCCACAAUUUCCUCUACUGCGAGUUCAUAACCGGCCUCACGAGUUUCUAUAAUCUCAAAGAUGAUCCCUACCAGCUCCGGAACGUUGUCAGCAGCCUAUCGAGAAAAGAGCUCGACCUUCUAAAGGUCUCGCUGAACCGAUUGCGACGGUGCCGAGGUGCGAGGGAAUGCACCGUGAGAUACCGGGUGCCCAAACCAAAUCCCGCGGUACUCGCGAAUCUCACGAUGUCGAUACGCGAUAAUCUCCUGCGGAAAACUUCCGUUCUGAGCAUCACCUCCAUAUCCGAAAUUCGAAAAACCACCUGGAUUGCGAAUCGCGAGCUUUCUCGAAUUCAAGACACCCUGGUUCGCCUGGAGUCUCAGACGCCCGUUCCUUCAGCCCUGAAAGCGAAAGACACAAAAUCUAGAGCGAGUCCGCGCAACCGGAUCCAGCUGACCGAUGAAGAGUGGAUUGAAGUCAUUUCGCCUCCCGUUCCCGCCAGACGAGUAUCGAAACCGUCGCGGAGGGAGAUGGCCGAUUUGAGACGACUGGCCGAACGUGCUCGAAUCUACAGAGAAGUUUAUAAGGAGCCCAUGCCUGAGAGGUACGAGAACGCUUCACCCCCGGAGCUCACUUCAAGGCUAAACAAGGACGAAGAGGAUCGUAAGAGGAGAAAAGAUCUCACUCGUCAGCUCAACAAGAUGCUCGGUCGCGUUCGCAUGACGGACGAAGAAGAAAGACGAGGCGAGGCUCCGAAGAAGGGAGCUGCUCUCGGCAGUCUCAAACUCACAGCGUCGUCGUCAGAAGACGCGGUAUCUCUCGGAGUCGCCAAACAGAAGAAAAUCCUUCAAUUGAUCUCCACGGUCCAAUCGGGAGGGAGCGAAGACCUGGAGAACGUGGAGAAAGAAAUCAAGCUGAUGGCCGAGGAGUCCGGCAAGUCUAAGGCGAAGGCGACAGUACCCUCCGAAUCAUCGGAAUCGGUCCCCUUGAGCGCGAGGAAUAGUUUGAGCGUCUCGACCGCGACCCCCACUGUGCCUUUGCGACAUAAGCUCACCUCAUCGAGCUCGAUAAAAUAG